AUGGCCUCUAUUCGCGUUCUUUCCUUCGAUGCUGAGGGCCGUCCCGUGCAGUUCACUUCCUGGCUCGACGACCUGCAGUUGUAUCUUAUGAGCAAUAGCACGGACCACAUCUCCCUCUAUGACUACGCGUCUGGUGCUGCCGCUGCUCCUGCUGCCACAGCCGAGCUUAGUGUACGUUCACAGUGGCAGACUCGUGACGCUGCAGCUCGCCUGGCUAUUCGCAGUCACCUGCCGUUAGCUGAGCUAGAGCACUUUGGCGACUGCAAAACCGCUAAAGCCCUAUACGACGCUGUCGUUGCUCGCUACUCCUCACCUGCCACAGCCGAGCUUAGCCGUCUCAUGCUGCCUUACCUGUUCCCUGACCUGUCCACCUUUGCUACAGUCGCCGAUCUUAUCACCCACCUUCGCACUAGUGAUGCUCGCCUGCGUGCCGCCCUUCCCACCGAGUUCUGCGCUAAGAACCCCCCUCCCCUGUACUGGGCACUCCACUUCAUAGUCACCCGUCUCCCUGACACCCUCAGCUCAGUGCGCGACUAUUUCCUUGCUCGCUGUCCCACUGAGCUCACUGUCGCCCUCCUAGAGGAGAAGCUGCUAGCAGCCGAGAAGAGCAUUGUAGCUGUAGGUGCUGCUCGCGGCGCUCCUCGCACCCCCAUCUUUGAGGGGUGCUCUCCCUCUCCCCUCGCUCCCUCCUAUGCUACUGCUGCUGCUGUUGACUUCCUUGGUGCUGAGUCUGCUGGCGCUGCUUCUGCUCCUGGUGGGAGGCGCCGCACCGGCAAGGGCAAGGGGGGCAAGGGUGGCGGGGGUGGCGCUGGGGGGGGAGGGGGUGGGGGUGGCGCUGGGGGGGGAGGGGGUGGGGGAGGUGGGGGGGGAGGCGGUGCUGGAGGGAGCGGUGGCGGGAGUGCCGGUGGGAGUGGGGCCGGCGGCGGAGGCGGGGGCGGCGGCGGGAGCAGUGGCGGUGGUGGCAGCGGCGGCAGUGGCGGCGGUGGCGGUAGUGGCGGUGGCGGUGGCGGUGGUGGCGGUCGGAGCGGAGGUAGUGGCGGCGGUGGAGGUCGGAGUGGAGGCACCGGCUCGGGCCAGAGCUCCCAGCAGCAGCAGCGUCCCCAGACGACCCAGCAGCUUCGUGAGUGGCUUGCUCAGCGUGGGACGUCGGGGGGCAGUGGCCGCUGUUCCUAUGUCAUUCGCACAGGUGAUCGCAAGGGGCAGACGUGUGGAAAGUUCCACACUCAGUACCGCUGCUUCUUCCGCCUUGACGACGCUUGGCGUGAGGAGAUGGGCGAGGAUGUUGAGCGCCCUCGCUGGGCUGAGCUGAUGAGGGCUGGUGUUGAUAUCUUUGCUCUUGGCUCUGAUACCAUUCUCGUCAUGGCCCGCCUCGCACUACCGCAUUGGCUCGUAUCCUGCCUUAUGUGCCUUCCAGGACUCUUGCUUCUCCUCUGCGCGGCGCCUGUCACCAUGACGUCAGCGGCGUUCGAGGUCGCGGACGCGGAUAUCAAGAAAUUCGUUCCCAAAACCUCCUCGCAAUCAUCCUUCUACAGUGCUCUGGUGGUGUCGUCAUACGAAUCGCAGGGGACCGUGAUCGUGCAAAUGCCUGCCGACACGGACCUAUUCCCGGUGGUUCUCCGCGUGGUCAUGGCGGGAAGCGUCGACCCACCAACGGACGUAUCUCUCGAUGGCAUGUCUCUGGCAUCGGACGCCAGUCAGUGGAAGCUGGUCGCGCCGGGCGUGUGGGACCUGACUAGGAGUCUCGACUGGUCGACCAUUGCUCUAGGGAGCGUCUUGACUCAGUCAACGGCCGAAGUGUCGCACGCGGAUGUGAACGGCAACGCGGUGACCGCGUCGGGGUCGCUGGCUAAGAUCGGUGCCCUUGAUACUGGCACGCACGGAUGCUCUCCACCCCUCCCGUUGAAAUCCCCCUCAUGCACCCCUGAUGCUUCCCUCCCACGUGUCCCCAUCCCAUUCCGCCCUUCCCACGUGCCAGGCGUCGCAGUGCUGCCAUCCAUGGCAGGCGGUCGGUUCCAAGCCAUGUUCUCCGGCGCCGUGGUAGGGGGAGCCAAGAUCCGCAUCGCCACCAGCACCAACACCAAGGUCACUCUGGAGGUACACCGGGUGUUCACCAAGGGCGUGAACUCCAACUCAAAGGUCUCCCUGGCGGGUCAGGUCGGAGCUGACAAGUCGGCCCCUCUCGCCCUCGCAUGCCCUUCAUCGCAAACAUCAAGGGCGUGUUCACUUGCGCCAAGACCGUCGACGUGA